AUGCCCAGCAUCGCGCUCAGUUUUGUUGAGGCCUACCGAAGAUCGCCUGCAAGAGUCAUGGCGGGAGCGGCGCUUAUUGUUGCAGCGUUCUUCGUUGCUAUUUUACACUUUCUCCUCCAUCUGCUUUCGGUGUCGCAACGGUCCAGUGUCCCCAAAACUCGCCGCAAACAUACGCCAACCCAUCUGCUUGUUGUCCUGGGUAGCGGUGGGCAUACGGCUGAAAUGCUGUCCAUGCUGCGCCGUCUGCCCUUGGACCCGACAGUAUACACGUUCCGAACCUACGUGGUGACCUCUGGCGAUGGUUUCAGUGCAGCAAAGGCAGCAGACUUUGAAGCCUCGCUACAGGAGAAAUACAAAGAUGUCAACACUGCCCAGCCAGACUCUUAUUCCAUCGUGACCGUGCCGCGUGCCCGUCGGGUGCAUCAGUCGUUCCUGACGGCGCCUUUUUCAACAAUCCAAUGCUUCUGGGCUUGCGUCAAGGUCCUGCGCGGCACACAUCCAGACCAGCGAGUGCGCCCACAGGGAACAGCUUCACCAUACCCGGAUUUAAUUCUUACGAAUGGUCCUGCAACAGCUGUAUGCGUAGUGCUGGCCGCAAAAUUUCUUCGCUUCUUGAACGCUGUAUCUGCGCCGUUCUCAGGACCGGGUUCCGGCGAGAGAAAGGCUGCGCUCUUCCCGCUUCGCACGAUUUUUAUCGAAUCGUGGGCUCGCGUCACCUCGUUCAGCCUCUCUGGUAAGAUCUUACUACUGUUUGUAGACCGCUUCCUCGUUCAAUGGCCCAAUCUGGAGGGGAGACGGGCGUGGAGGGGAAUGAGGGAGACUGAAUAUGUGGGUGCACUUGUGGAAUAG